ACCAGUUGGGUCAUCCUUCUCGUGAGCAGACCCACGCACUUCUGAAGUCAAUUGUGGUGCAACAUCUUCACGGGACAAAAGCCUGGCCCAUCCGAACAGGAGACAAGAUUGUACCAUGAAUACAGCCAGGUAUUCUGUGAUGCUGAUACUAGGAGUUUCGGUUGUGAAUGUGUCUUUGAAUCUAGCAGCAGUUUGUACUAAAGGUAAAUGCACAUGCCCAGCCAACUGCAUAGACAACUGUGAUAACAAUGGCACCUGCGUCUUAUGUAACUCUGGUUACAAAGGCUCUACAUGUGAACAAGUUUGUCCAACGUACAAGCAUGGGGUCAAUUGUUCCCAGAAUUGUUCCAAAAACUGCCUCAAUAAAGAAUGCUGGCACCACAAUGGAGACUGUAAACAUGGUUGCGUGAAUGGCUAUUUCUCUACCAAGUGUCAACAAGCCUGCCCCAAAGGCUGUUUCAAUAAUUCAUGCAACAUCUCGAAUGGACUUUGUAAAAACGGCUGUAAAAGUGGAUUUACUGGAGACAAAUGUGAUCGACCCUGUUCAAACGGCUUAUUCGGAACCAACUGUAGGCAAAACUGCUCAUCCAAAUGUCUGAGCAAGAAGUGUUAUCACGAGGAUGGGAAAUGCCUGCAAGGAUGUGAAUCUGGUUACUAUGGUAACAGCUGUUCCAACACCUGCCCGCCUCAAUGCUUUAACAAAAGCUGUAAUCAAUCAACCGGGAGUUGCCUCCAAGGAUGUAACGCUGGCUAUCAGGGACCAUUGUGCCACGAAGUCUGCCCCUCUAACUGUUUGAAUAAAACAUGCGACAUCUUGAAUGGAUACUGUAAACAUGGAUGCAAAAAUGGAUUUACUGGACCGCAGUGUGAUCAACCCUGCCCGUCCAACUGUGUGGAUAAAAUCUGUGACUUGACGAAUGGAAGCUGUACACUUGGAUGUAAUACUGGAUAUACUGGACUGAAAUGUGAGCAAUGUAAGUUCCCAUUAUAGUUGAACUCAAUACUU